UCUCAACUUCAACCCAUCAACCAAGCCUUCAAAACAUUCUUUACCUUGCUUCAUUUUGAUUUCAUUCAUAACUACUUUUCUCUUUCUAGCUCGAGCAAAAAUUCAGGCAAUGGCCAUUCGCCAAAUUCUGAGACGGUCUUUCUCCAAUGAAAGAAGGUUAGCUGAAGUUCCAAAAGGGCAUGUUGCCGUCUACGUUGGUGAUAAUGAAAAGAGGCGCUUUGUGAUUCCAGUCGCAUACUUGAACCAUCCUUCGUUUCAAGAAUUGUUGUUCCAAGCUGAGGAAGAAUUUGGGUUUAAUCACCCGAUGGGUGGCCUCACCAUCCCUUGUAGUGAGGACUUAUUUGUAGAUCUCAUCUCCGGUUUGAGCACAAGAUGAUAUGUAUCAAUCGGUAUUAGGAGGAGGAGAUUUUGUAGAUUAGAAUCUCUUAAUUAGAAAUGUAUACACUGAGAAUACAUGACAUAUUAUACUAUGGAGAAACUUUUAUUACCUUAA